GCGGUGUGAGCUGCAGGAGAGGAAGCAGAUGCUGCAGACCGCCCUGUCCAGCAGGCUGGGGGAACUACGGCGGGUCUGCUUACUGGAGGCAGAGCUGACAGGGAAGCUGCCGCGAGAUUUUCCUCUGGAGCCUGGAGAGCGACCGCCCCUCAUCCAGCGCCGAGCACACACACACACACAGGAUGACCCCUGUCAGAGGCGUCAGAUGAAGACUCUGUUUGGUGGAGCUCUGUGCAGGAGUGUUGAGUCCGACAAGAACACUCUGCAGGGCAAGAGGACCGUUCAUCGUGGCUGCCAUACAGAGGAAACACUGAAGUCUGAGAGCAGCUCCAUGUCAGACUCAACGUCACAAGACAACGAGUCGUCCCCGAGUGUGGCGCCCGAGCAGCGGUCACUAUCUCACCCCUCUCAAUCCCCGGGCAGCCCCGGCCUGACGAUCACCAGGAAGCUCUCACCUGAGAUCUACUACGAGAUGAGGACCAGACGCAACUCCACCUCCAGCUCUGUCAGUCCCAGUCACUCUCUCCCCAGAAGUGCGUCCAAUGUGGAAGGCCGCAGUGUUCCAGCCACACCCCUCCUGUCCCGCACUGCUCCAAUCAGCAUUCACGUCAGGCCGGACGUGUGCGGUGGCAUUGCCCUGAAGCAGUGGUGUGGCAGCCCGGGACGCCUCACUUCGCCCGCUGGUGUCUCUGGAGGGUUCUAUGCCGAACGCCGCAGCUGUCCCAGACGGCUCAAGGCCGCCCAGUGCAACAGCUCGGAGGCGCUGCUGGACCGCUCCAGCCAGCCGGACCCCCGCAUGCCUCCGCGCGGCGCCGGACCCUACAAAAGUUCGAAGGCUGGACGGAUCUGCAAGCUCGUCAGUACCGGGCAGCCCCCCGCCAGGCCCCGGGGGCGACGCUGGCCUCCGUGGGGGUCGGCCGUCCGCCGGCUACAGCGAGAUCCUGCUGGACUACAUCUGGGAAAGGCGCCAUCCAAUCUGGCCCACAUGCCUGCCGGAUCGGGUCAAGCCAAGAUUGGCCGGAGGGCUGCCCCCCACUUUAACGGCCUGUCCCUCUCCCAGCAGCAGCUGGCCGCCCCUCUGCUACAGUCCCCUGCUGCUGCCCCCCCCCCCCCAAGACCCCAGCCCCCGCGGGGCAAAGGUCACGCCGCGACCAAGUCCCAGUGGCCAUUCCUGGCGGAAAGCCCCACCUGCUCUCGUGACGCCACGCUGAGCCUCCCACAAAGCGCCAUCCGAGGGCCUCCGGACUGGUACCGCCACGCCCACACACCCACACAGGCUCCGCCCACCCAGGGGGAGGGACUCUUCCCACCACUGACCAUCGGCUCCCACAGAACACACACACACACACACAUGACCCAGUCCGCCUCCUUCCACGGCUACCCGCUGCAGGCCAGGGCUGUGGAGCUGUCCCGGUUCCCUGAGCCGUUUCCCUCUCAGCUGCAGGAGGGGGCCCUGGCAGACCCCCCUUCAGACCCCCCCACCGGAACCCUGGUCUAAGAGAUCCCCCCCCCAGAUACACUGUUACCCCUGGUCUACCCCCAGAUACACUGUUACCCUGGUCUACCCUCCCCCCUCCCCCCCAGAUACACUGUUACCCUGGUCUACCCCCCCAAAUACACUGUUACCCUGGUCU